CCAAGCCCAACCCGAUUCCAAAAUCAUCACCGCUUCUUCUCUUGUGCUAAAACCCUAUGAAAACCCCAAGUUCAUUGUUGCAGAAACAUAGCUUUAGAACGAACCAUGGCCAUUUCCAGUGGUUUCGCAUUUUCUUGUCGUCCGCAUUUUCCCCUCUCUCAUGGCAUGCGAAAGGUAUUUAUUAGCUGUGCCGCAGCAAUUGAAGCAAUUGAAGAGACCGACAGUGGCAAAGAACCAGCAGAAUGGAAGAGGUUCAAUUCCAAGGAAUUAGGAAUUAGCAGUUCGAUGAUCGCAAAGCCUACAAGAGUUGUUCUUAAUGGUCUCAAAAGUAAAGGAUUUGAAGUUUACCUUGUGGGGGGCUGUGUUCGGGAUCUUAUUUUAAAACGAACACCCAAAGACUUUGACAUUAUAACUACAGCUGAACUUAAAGAGGUGAGGAGAACAUUUUCACGUUGUGAGAUAGUUGGAAGACGGUUUCCGAUCUGCCAUGUGCAUGUUGAUAAUGAAGUUGUGGAGGUUUCAAGCUUUCACACCUCAGGAAUAAGGUCUGAGAGGGGCUUGAGUUUAUCUUUUGAGAAGCCAGUUGACUGUGAUGAGAAGGACCACUUUCGAUGGAGAAAUUGUUUGCAUAGAGAUUUUACAAUAAAUGGGUUGAUGUUUGACCCUUAUUCAAAAUUCGUCUAUGAUUACAUGGGAGGAGUGGAUGAUAUCAGGAAAGCUAAAGUACGAACAAUCGGUCCUGCUAGUUUCUCACUCAUAGAGGAUUGUGCUCGAAUCCUUCGUGCAAUUAGAAUUGCUGCCAGACUAGGAUUUCGAUUUGGAAGGGAGACAGCUCUUUCUAUCAAAAACUUAUCAUCUUCAGUCCUGAGGCUUGAUAGGGGAAGGCUCCUCAUGGAAAUGAAUUACAUGUUAGCUUAUGGCUCUGCUGAGGCUUCACUAAGAUUGUUGUGGAAAUUUGGUUUUCUAGAAAUACUUUUGCCAGUUCAGGCAGCAUAUUUUGUUCGUUACGGUUUUAGAAGACGCGAUAAGAGUCUCUGUUUUCCAACCUCGAUAAGUUACUGGCCCCUGAUAGGCCAUGCCACAGUAGCUUAUGGUAAGAUUCUUUGCACAGGCUUCAGCAAGGUUGCAAUUUUGGCUUUCCAUAAAGCAAUCUCAGAUCAGCCAAGGGACCCUUUGGUGGUUGCAGCAUUUGGCCUUGGUAUCCAUAACGGAGGCGAUCUGUCAGAAGCUUUAAGUAUAGCUAAAAGGAUCUCCACACAACAUGAUGGAAGCUUUCAUGAGUUGGAGUCUCAGGAUCUGGACUUGGCAGCUUUGAAAGAGGAAGUUGUGGAACUGGCAACUUCUGUUCAAAGGGCAUUAACUAAUAUGACAGAUGAGUAUUUUGUCUCACGAGCAAUGACCAACUACCCUAAAGCGCCGUACUCAGAUCUAGUAUUUAUUCCACUAGCACUGUAUUUAACAACGUGCAAGGUUUUCCAAUGCGUUAGAAUGGGAAAGGAGAAGGGAUUUGUAGCUAAGCAAGGUAGCAAGAUAGACUAUGAGUUGUUAGCUUUGGGUAGCCUACAGGAAGUUCGACAUGUCUUUGCAAGGAUCGUCUUUGAUACCAUAUAUCCAUUAAACAUUGGCGAGGAUGAUACCUAGAAUUUUGUUAGCGGAAGUCAUGUAUUUUUUCCAGUAGAAUGUAUUAUCAGUUGCAGGAAAAGCUGUUAAGUGUAAGGAAAUAGCUUGAUCCAAUAAAAACAGUUGUCGUGUUUGCCUUGAAAAAUAUUGUGUAUACUCUUAUCAUCUGGUUGCUGGUUUUUCGUGAA